UUCAAAUUCAAUAUUUCAAAGUUUAAAUUCCACGACAAACCUAAGAGAGAAGAAAGGAAACCAAUGAUGAAGACGAUCGUUUCGCGUUUGCUCUUCCACUCACAUUCCUCUUCCUACAGACUCAGUACAGUGGCUGUAUCCAGAAAUGGGAGAUUAUUGUCGACAACAGGUCCUAACAAGGUAGAUGAACCUUUCAAAGUUGAGGAAGCAGAGACAGUAGAAGUCCCACCACCUCCAACUGAAAAGUUACUUGUUUUGGGUGGGAAUGGAUUUGUUGGUUCACAUAUAUGCAGAGAAGCUCUAAAGCGUGGUUUAAAUGUAUAUAGCUUUAGCAGGUCUGGGAGGCCGUCUGUACAUGAGUCUUGGAUGAACAGAGUCUUUUGGCAUCAAGGAAAUCUUCUUUCAUCUGAUUCAUUGAAGAAUGCACUGAAUGGAGUGACCUCUGUGAUCUCAUGUGUUGGAGGUUUUGGCUCAAACGCGCACAUGUAUAAAAUCAAUGGGACUGCAAAUGUAAAUGCUAUUAGAGCAGCUGCUGAACAAGGUGUUAAAAGAUUUGUAUACGUCUCUGCUGCUGACUUUAGUUUGGCAAAUUUCCUGCUACAAGGAUAUUAUGAGGGGAAGAAAGCGGCUGAAACGGAGCUAAUGAUUAGGUUCCCAUAUGGAGGUGUCAUUCUGAGGCCGGGUUUUAUACAUGGCACUCGUCAAGUUGGGAGUAUGAAGUUACCUUUAGGCGUUGUUGGGGCUCCAUUGGAGAUGGUUCUCCAACAUGCGAAGCCACUCAACCAAAUUCCACUGGUUGGACCUCUGUUUACACCUCCAGUAAACGUGAAUUCAGUGGCACGGGUUGCUGUAAGAGCUGCAACUGAUCCAGUGUUUCCUCCUGGUAUUAUAGACGUAUAUGGUAUUCUACGAUAUAGCCAACAAAAGUCAGCUUAGUCAUCGUAUUGGUUAUUUUUCUUCUCCUCGUUCUUUUGUUAUUGUUAUAUUAAGAACAUCAAUAUCUUUCUUCCUAUUAGAAUAAAUUUUGAGCCAGUCCUCAUGUAAAAUUAUAGCAAGCUUACCUGAGAAUUGUGCUUAAUAAAAAGAUUCAACACUCACACUCUGCUAGGUGAUCAAAGCCAUGGCAGUAAUGGGUAAAGGUAAAUCAUGUUAAGCAUUCACUACUUGCUUCCAUUAGUGCCUAUGCUGUGUGUGUACAACAGGGAGGCCAUGUGAAAAUUCAUAUAUUAUAAUAAUUAUAUAUGAUA